ACCAAAACUUCUCAACGUCCGGAACUCCGGCCUGGUCUCUCUCCUUCCUCGAUUCUCGCUGUAGAGGGUCAUUGGCGAGAAGUAGAGAAGUAGCAAGCACAGCAGAGCAACCAUGUCGGAACUCAAGCACCCCUCGGACGAGGAGGAUAUCAAGAGGCACGCGCCCGCCAACGCGCCCGCCGUCGCCAGCCAUGGCGCGGCCGCGCCGCCUUACGACUCGGCGUCGCUGACGUCGGGCGAGGUGGUGUGCCCGCCGCACACCACCGAGCGCAAGAUCACGACCAAGAUCGACCUGCACAUCGUCCCGUUCGUGUCGGUCCUGUACCUGAUGGCCUUCCUCGACCGCGUCAACAUCGCCAACGCGCGCUCCUUUGGGCUCGAGGCCGACCUGGGCAUGGGCGGCGACCAGUACAACACGGCCCUGACCAUCUUCUUCGUGCCCUACAUCGUGUGCGAGAUCCCGUCCAACAUCCUGCUCAAGUACUUCUCGCCGCGCGUCUGGCUGUCGCUCUGCUGCCUCGGCUUCGGCGCCGUCACCGUCUUCCAGGGCCUGGUGCAGAACUACUCGGGCCUGCUGGCCACCCGCUUCUUCCUCGGCCUCUUCGAGUGCGGCAUGUUCCCGGGCUGCUUCUACCUGCUGUCGACCUGGUACCGCCGCCACGAGGCCCAGAAGCGCUUCUCGCUGUUCUUCUCGUCCACCUCGCUGGCCGGCGCCUUCGGCGGCCUGCUGGCCUCCGCCAUCGGCAAGAUGGACCACAUGCGCGGCUACCGCGGCUGGCGCUGGAUCUUCAUCAUCGAGGGCAGCUUUACCGUUGUCGUGGCGCUCAUCUUCUUCUUCACCUUCCCCAUGUUCCCGGAGCAAACGACCUGGCUCCGCGAUGAUGAGCGCGAGUUCGUCAAGGCCCGGCUCAAAGCGUCGCAGGGCCACAGCGGGGCGGAGCGCAAGAUCACUCUCCGAGACGUCAAGACCGUCAUGUCGGACUACAAGAUCUGGCUAGGCGGCUUCAUGUACUUCGGCCUGAUCGUGCCGGCCUACUCGUACGCCUACUUCGCGCCGACCAUCAUCCAGAGCUACCACUACGACCCGAUCACGACGCAGCUGCGAUCCGUGCCGCCCUGGGCCGUGGCCUUCGGCUUCGCCAUGAUCGUCGCCACCGUCUCCGACUGGAUCCAGCACCGCCUCCUCUUCGUCAUCGGCGCCAUCUGCAUCGCCAUCUCCGGCUUCGCCGUCCUCCUCACCGUGCACAACAACCUGCCCGUCCAGUACGCCGCCCUGUUCCUGACCUGCAUGGGCACCUACUCGGCCAUGCCCGUCAUCGUGUGCUGGUUCAACAUGAACCUGGGCGGGCACCACCGCCGCGCCAUCGGGAGCGCCUGGCAGAUUGGCUUCGGCAACAUCGGCGGCAUCAUCGCGACGUACUCGUUCGUCUCCAGCGACGCGCCCUUCUACCACAAGGGUUACGCCAUCUGCAUCUCGUUCGUCUGCCUGAGCGCCCUGGCCGUCGUCCUGUACGCGCUGGCGGUCGUCUGGGAGAACAGACGGCGGAGCAGGCGGCCGCGCGACCUGAACUUGACUGAGUCGGAGAAGGUGGAGCUUGGGGAUCUGAACCCCGAGUUCAGGUACAUGCUCUGAGAGCUGGACCAGACAUUUAUGAAGCCAAUGAAGUUCGCCACUGCUGCUUGUGAUUGUCGGUCACAUAUAUAUAGACGGACGGAGGCUAGACCCUAGAGCGGUCUCUUUGACUGU